UUGGUUUGAAUUUAAAGGUUAUGUUAUACGCAGUCGGUUUGUAAACGUUGAGUGAGAAGAUGCGUAAAAUUGUUAUAAACCACGAUAUAAUUUAAUUUAACAACUUGUGAAUGUUAAAGCAUUUAAAAAACUACUUGUUUAAUGUUGUUACAUCAAAAUAUUAACAAUGAGUAAGCCAGCAAAACGAAGUAAAAGAUACCAAACAAGUUCAGACUCAGACAGCGCAGAAGAUGAACGAAAACGAGACUUAAAAGAACGUGACGAGUUCGCAGAACGUUUAAAACAACGCGAUGCAGGAAAAACUCGUAAUAUUGUUCAUGCCUCAGAACGUAAGGCUUACGAAGAGGCUGCGAAACGCCUCAAACUGGAGGCAGAAGACCGCGACAAAAUGAUACCGAAACUUCGUAUAGAAUCACGUCGAAGAUAUCUAGAAAAACGCAAAGAUGACAAGCUGCAAGAGCUUGAAGAAGACAUAAAAGACGAUGAAUUCCUCUUUGAAGACGACGUUCUCACGCAGAGAGAAAAGAAAGAACGCGAACAUAAGAAACAACUGUUAAAAUUAGCACAGGAACAUGAACAAGCCAGAGAAUUAGAACGCGUUCAACGAUAUCACAUGCCACAGGACAUGGGAAAAGGUUCCACGUCUGAAUAUAUCGAAGUAGAUGAAGUUGAAAAACUCCCACAGUCUGAGCAAAAAUGGGAGAAAGAACAAAUGGCAAGCGCGGUUUUUUCCUUCGGUGCGAAGCAGAAAAAGAAAGAAAACGAUGACUAUGAGUUACUACUAGCGGAUCAAAUCGAAUUCAUUCAAGCGUUGAAACUACCCGGAACAAAACAAGAAGAAAAACCUAUUACCGAAGCAGAACGUAAAGCGUUAAGUAUACAAGAAAAAAAAAGUUUACCAGUGUAUCCAUUCCGCGAUGAUUUAAUUCAAGCCGUCCGUGAACACCAGGUUUUAAUCAUAGAGGGCGAGACUGGUUCGGGUAAAACAACACAAAUCCCGCAAUACUUACAUGAGGCAGGGUUUACCGAAGACGGUAAGAAAAUCGGUUGUACGCAGCCGCGGCGCGUGGCGGCCAUGUCGGUUGCGUCUCGAGUCGCACAAGAAAUGUCUGUCAAACUAGGCAAUGAAGUAGGUUAUGCAAUUCGAUUCGAAGAUUGCACAUCAGAGCGGACUAUAAUUAAAUACAUGACGGACGGAACACUACACAGAGAAUUCUUAUCAGAACCUGAUUUACAAUCGUACAGUGUGAUGAUUAUUGAUGAAGCGCACGAAAGAACAUUACACACUGAUAUAUUAUUCGGUUUAGUAAAAGAUAUUUCCAGAUUUCGACCGGAUUUAAAACUGUUGAUAUCGAGUGCCACGUUGGAUGCGCAGAAGUUUUCGGAUUUUUUCGAUGAUGCGCCGAUUUUUCGCAUACCAGGCCGGAGAUUCCCCGUGGAUAUUUACUACACCAAAGCACCGGAGGCGGAUUAUAUCGACGCAUGCGUAGUAUCCGUGUUGCAGAUUCACGCGACGCAACCACUCGGCGAUAUUCUAGUCUUCCUCACUGGUCAGGAAGAAAUAGAAACUUGUCAGGAACUUCUACAGGAUCGUGUGCGUCGUUUGGGGUCCAAGGUUAAAGAAUUGAUCAUUCUACCUGUUUAUGCCAACCUUCCGAGUGAUAUGCAAGCGAAAAUCUUUGAUCCCACACCUCCGGGCGCACGAAAAGUUGUUUUAGCUACCAAUAUCGCUGAAACAUCCCUCACGAUAGAUAAUAUCAUAUAUGUUAUUGAUCCAGGCUUUGCGAAACAGAAUCAUUUUAAUUCACGCACUGGUAUGGAGAGUUUAAUGGUGGUGCCUAUCUCGAAAGCGUCAGCCAAUCAGAGAGCAGGACGCGCGGGGCGAGUUGCGCCUGGGAAAUGUUUCCGUUUGUACACUGCGUGGAGUUAUAAACACGAAUUGGAAGAUAAUACAGUUCCGGAGAUUCAGAGGAUUAAUUUAGGCAAUGCUGUUUUGAUGUUGAAAGCAUUAGGUAUUACUGAUUUGGUUCAUUUUGAUUUCUUGGAUCCGCCACCGCAUGAGACUUUAGUUUUGGCUUUGGAGCAGUUGUAUGCGUUAGGCGCGUUGAAUCAUCACGGUGAAUUGACUAAACUUGGAAGAAGAAUGGCGGAGUUUCCGGUUGAUCCGAUGAUGGCGAAAAUGUUACUUGCAGCUGAAAAAUAUAAAUGUGCAGAGGAAGUUGUGACAAUUUCCGCCAUGUUGUCCGUGAAUGGAGCGAUUUUUUACCGUCCGAAGGAUAAAAUCAUCCAUGCUGACACCGCACGUAGGAAUUUUAAUCAUAUAAACGGUGAUCAUCUUUCGUUAUUGAAUGUUUACAAUGAAUGGCGUGAUUCUGACUAUUCUACACAAUGGUGUUAUGAAAAUUUCAUACAAUAUCGUUCUAUGAAACGUGCGAGGGAUGUUCGUGAACAACUCGUUGGACUUAUGCAGCGUGUUGAGAUUGAGAUGGUUUCGAACGUUACUGAAACAGAUAAUAUUCGGAAAUCGAUUACUUCUGGGUAUUUUUAUCACAUUGCGAGGCUUUCUAAGUCUGGGAGUUAUAAAACUGUCAAACAUAAUCAGAGUGUUACAAUUCAUCCAAACAGCGCUUUAUUUGAAGAUUUACCUCGUUGGGUUUUGUAUCAUGAGUUGGUGUUUACAACUAAAGAGUUUAUGCGAUGUGUGAUUGAAAUCGAAAGCAAAUGGCUGCUGGAAGUCGCACCGCAUUAUUACAAAGCGAAAGAGUUGGAGGAUUCGACGAAUAAAAAGAUGCCUAAAGUGUUAGGCAGAGCUACGAGGACUGAUUAAUUAAAUUUGUAUAUUUUCAGAA